GUACUAUAAAUAGGACCCCUCUAAAUAAGGAAAAUGCAUCAGAAAAAACACAAAACAUAGAAAUCAUAAAAUUGACCCAAAAUGACGUCACAAAAUAAUGGUCACGUUUUGUUGAUACCAUACCCUUCUCAAGGGCACAUCAACCCCAUCUUACAAUUCGCCAAACGUUUGGCCUCCAAAGGCGUCAAGGCCACCGUCGCCACCACCACCUACACCGUGAAAUCCAUCAACUCCGCCGCCGUCUCCGUCGAGCCGAUCUCCGACGGAUUCGACGAGGGCGGCUUCGCGCAGGCGAAGCGAGCCGACGUCUACCUCCGCUCGUUCGAGGCGACCGGCUCGCGGACUCUGUCGGGCGUGAUCGCCAAGUACGAGGGCACGGCCCACCCGGUGAACUGCGUCGUGUACGACUCGUUCUUCCCGUGGGCCCUCGACGUGGCGAGGCAGCACGGUGUGCACGCGGCAGCGUUUUUCACGAACUCUGCCGCCGUCUGCGCCGUGUUUGCCCAUGUCCACGUUGGGAACUUGGCAGUGCCGGUGGUGGCCGGGGAGGAGGAGGCAGUGGUGCUGCCGGGGAUCCCGCCGUUGAAGGGUCAAGAUGUUCCGAGCUAUCUCACGGCGCCGGAGAGCUAUCCGGCGUACUUUUCUAUGUUGAUGAAACAGUUCUCCAACGUGGCAAAUGCUGAUUGGGUAUUUGGAAACACAUUUCAUGAAUUAGAAGGAGAGGUGAUGGCUUGUGUGUCACAUGUGUGGCCGGCAAAAUUGAUUGGGCCCAUGGUCCCAUCGUCUUAUUUGGACGGCACUAUCGAAGGCGACAAUGGGUACGGUUCAAGUUUAUGGAAGCCCAUUGGCGAGGAGGCCCAAAAAUGGCUAGAGACAAGGCCCAAUGACUCCGUUGUCUACGUCUCUUUCGGAAGCAUGGUGUCUUUAAGCCCAAACCAAAUGAACGAGUUGGCUUGGGCGUUGAUAGACUCCUGCUUGGACUUCCUCUGGGUCGUGAGGGAGUCCGAGCAGAGCAAGUUGCCCGACGGGUUCUCGGACGCCGCGGCCAGGGGGAAAGGACUGGUCGUGUCGUGGUGCAACCAGCUCGAAGUGCUGGCCCACCAGGCUGUCGGGUGUUUCGUGACGCACUGCGGGUGGAACUCGACUCUGGAAUUGCUCAGCCUCGGAGUCCCUGCAGUGGCGAUGCCGCAGUUCACCGACCAGUUCACCGACGCGAAAUUCAUCGAGGAUGUAUGGAGGGUUGGCGUGAGGCCGAGAUUGAACGAGUUCGGGACGGUGGAUAGGGAGGAACUUGGGCGUUGUCUUAAGGAAGCGAUGGAAGGGGAGAGGAGUGAAGAGAUAAAGAGGAAUGCAAGGAAGUGGAGGGAGUUGGCUAAGGGUGCAAUUAGCAAAGGGGGGAGUUCUGAUAUGGUUAUUAAUGAUUUUGUGGAGCACCUCAAAUGUCCUAAGGGAAAUAUCAAUUAUGAAUGAGUAGUUUAUACUCUUUUGUAUCAGCAUGUUCAAAAAUAUUUUUCUCAAUUCUAUAUAUGUGUGGUUGGAAAGUCAUUUUUACUUCAUUAAGAGUACUUUAUAUACUCAAUAAACACAAUAUUAUUUUAUCUUAAAUUUGUCUGUGUGAUAUCCUAAUACUCCAAAGAUUGCUUAAUAUAUUCAAUACACAAUG